GCAUCGGUGCUCCACAUUCCCAAGUACUCACUGUCAAGCCUAGAACAAAUAGGGUCUUGUUAUCCAAUCUGUAGUCCGACUUCAGUUACUCCCUGCAACGAUGUCAUCGACAACUCGACCAGUCGUGUUCAUGGAUGUCCACAUCGGAGAAACGCCCGCGGGGCGCAUCAAAAUGGAGCUCUUUAGCGAUAUUGUUCCAAAAACAGCAGAAAAUUUCAGGCAACUCUGUACUGGAGAGUACAGGAAGGACGCUCGGCCAAUGGGGUACAAAAACGCCACGUUCCACAGAGUCGUUCCCAACUUUAUGUGCCAAGGUGGUGAUUUCAUAAAUGGCGAUGGAACUGGCGCGUUUUCAAUAUACGGGAAGAAUUUCCCCGAUGAGAAUUUCCAGGAGAAACACAUGGGACCAGGGCUGUUAUCGAUGGCAAACUCGGGCCCUAACUCCAACGGUUGCCAGUUCUUUAUCACGACUGCUAAAUGUGAUUUUUUGGAUGGGAAGCAUGUUGUUUUUGGCAGGGUUGUUGAUGGAAUGUUGACCCUUCGUAAAAUUGAGAAUGUGCCCACGGGACCAAACAACAGACCCAAACUGGCUGUGAAGAUCGUAGAGUGCGGGGAAAUGUAGGGUCUCAAUCAGAGGUGUACAGUAACAGCAGGCAAUGAAUUGACUGUAUUGUCACUGGACAUAUGACGUCAGGAGCUGGUCAAGCCAUUCUCCGUUAGUCUCAUUUGCAGACUUGCUAGGAUGGAAGAAAUUCACAGGCAC